ACCGUCGUUUUGUUUAUGUACUUAAUUGUGUGUUUAGUAGAACAUUUCUUGAGUUGGGUGAGUAAAAAAAAAUAAAAAAUACGACUCAAUCCGCUCUUUGUGCCCAACUGAGCCUGUGGAUAAUUGUAGGUGUUGGUUUGUGGUGUCGGCUGCGUUAUGUUUGAGUAAGCUUAAAUAGCACGUCACAAGACAGUUACUUGGGUUAUGUCUACGAAUGGGUCACGAGUUACAUUGUAGGGAAAUGUGACAAAGUAGCCUACCACGUCAGGUGAGAUACUAAUGAUCGCCGAGUAGACGGUCGAUAGCUUGCAGUGUUUCAUUGGUAAUCUUACACGUCUUAUUCUGCAAAUAUGUCAUUUGAGGAAACAAAGGCGCGAUUAGAAAUGGCUGGACAGGCUCACGUUUUGCAGUUUUGGUCGGAGCUGUCUCCAGACGAGAAAGAUACCUUUCUGACCGAGCUGUCCCAGCUAGAACCUGAGGAAUUGAAGGAGCACUGUCGACGUGCAGCCGAAGCAGCCAACAGCCAAUCGACCUCUGAAGAUUUACUUGACCAACGAAUGGAACCUGUGCCCCCGGAGUUUAUUGGCAGUGUGCGGAAAACUGAUCAGAGAACAUUGAUUGGUUGGGAGAAUGAAGGGGUUUUACAGAUUUCCAAGAGCCAAGUGGCAGUUUUACUGUUGGCUGGAGGCCAAGGGACGAGGCUAGGUGUACCCUACCCAAAGGGAAUGUACAGUGUUGGGCUUCCCAGUGGAAAAACCUUGUAUCAAAUUCAGGCAGAAAGGAUCCAAAAAGUUCAACAGCUGGCUGAUCAAAAACACGGCUCAAAGUGUACCGUGCCAUGGUACAUCAUGACGAGUGAGUUCACUUUGGAACCUACAGAGAGGUUCUUCAAGGAGAACCAUUUCUUUGGCCUGAACCCUUCUGAUGUCAUCAUGUUUGAGCAGAGAAUGAUUCCAGCCGUGUCGUUUGAUGGAAAAGUCAUCCUUGAAAAGAAGGGCAAGCUUGCCAUGGCCCCAGAUGGUAAUGGAGGCCUGUAUCAGGCUCUGGUGGACAACAAAGCCCUGGAGGACAUGGAGAAGAGAGGGGUGCAGUACCUCCAUGUAUACUGUGUAGACAACAUCCUAGUGAAGAUGGCCGACCCGGUCUUCAUUGGCUUCUGUGUGCAGAAAGAUGCAGAUUGUGGUGCCAAGGUGGUGGACAAAGCCUACCCAGCGGAGCCCGUGGGGGUUGUGUGCCGGGUCGAUGGGGUGCACCAAGUGGUGGAGUACAGUGAGAUCCAGCCUGAGACGGCCGAACUGAGGGGACCAGGAGGGGAGCUGCUCUUUAGUGCUGGAAAUAUCUGCAACCAUUUCUUCACACGUGAUUUCCUGAAGGAUAUAGCAGAGAAUUUUUGUCAACAGUUGAAGCAGCAUGUAGCUCUGAAGAAAGUUCCAUUUGUUGAUAAAGAGGGCAACCAAGUCAAGCCAACCAAACCCAAUGGAAUCAAAAUGGAGAAAUUUGUCUUUGAUGUCUUCCAGUUCUCAAGGAAAUUUGUGGCAUUUGAGGUGCUGAGAGAGGAGGAGUUCUCUCCCCUGAAGAAUGCUGACGGCGUUCCUCUUGACACUCCCAGCACCGCGAGACGCUCUCUCCUGGCCCAGCACUACCGCUGGGCUCUGGCGGCCGGAGGCAGCUUUCUCAACAGCGAUGGAGAACCCAUUGCUCCAAAACACAGUCUGGCACGUGACGAAGAUCCACCUGCAGUGUGCGAAAUCUCGCCGCUUGUCUCCUAUUUUGGUGAGGGUCUCGAGUCCGUGGUGAAACAGAAGGCCCUAAGAUCUCCUCUUGUUCUUGAUGGGAAGAUGGUCUGACGGAUCUCUUGUGUUCAGCGAUGAGGGGCACGGUUGAAAGAGCAGAUACACAGGACUUAUGUGUAUCUGAGGCAUUCCUUAUAAACAAACACGUAUAGACGGUGGUCUUUAUAUGAAAUGUUACAUAAGAGGCUGAUGUAGUUCGGUAUUGCUUUAGACUACUCUAUUCUUUUUUUUCAUACUAUGAGCUAUUUUCCACCCAGUCUAUUUUACUGUCUCAGUUUUGUACUUCCUCUUUUUUUUACUUGAGUGGCUGCGAACAAUACCACAUUAUAGUGGUUACAUUUUCUCAGAACUGAUCAAGGUACAUUGACUUAAAACCUCUUUAGGAAUUCAUUAAAGCUGAUGUUCUUUGCGAUUAUACUUCAUUUUCAUAAUGACUUUUAUUAAAACAUUUAAUUAAACAUGAA